AUGUUUAAAGAUUUCAAUAUCUUUGAAACCCAUGCCUCCCAAAUCUUUAGAAAUGCAGAGUUUAUCCCAACUGAUCCAGUGUAUUUUGGCUUUAUCUUCAGUAGAAUUCCACCAAAAAUUAGCCAUAGCAGAGGUAAGGUUCUUGUAGGUUGUUUUAGGCAACUUGAAACAACUCAUUGCAUGAAUGGGCAUAGCUAGAGCAACUGACUUCAAGAUGAUAUCCUUACCAGCUUGAGACAGAAACUUAGUGUACCAGGCUGACAUCCUCCCUUUCAUUUUUUCCUGAAUGUAGCUUAGAAGUUUGACUUUUGAUCCACUAAAACAUUCAUGCAGACAAAGAUAUGUUCCUGCUCCUCCUUCAGAGAAAAUUCCUAGAGUGUUCUGAAUCUGUUCCUUAAUCUCCGGUUCUAUUUUGCUUCCAAAGGCAAGAGAUGAUUUAUCCAAGUUUAUAACAUGUCAUGUAGCUUCUUCAUACUUCUUGAGAAUCUCUUGAAAGGCUUCACAUUGAGAAACAUUAGCAUUGAAGAGAAACAGACUAUCGUCCGCAAAAAAACAAGUGAUGAAUAGAAGGACCAUCGUUAGAGAAUUGAAUUCCUUGCAAAUAACCUUCUUCUGAAGCUUUAUAGAUUAAGAACGAGAGACCUUCAGCACAUAGAGCAAAGAUAAAGGGAGAGAUGGGAUCUCCCUAACGCAGUCCACGCUCUGGAGAGAUGAAGCCAUGAGGCUGGCCGUUUAUUAGGAUUGUAUACUUCACCGUCGAAAUACAUUCCAUGACCCAAGAAACCCAAAUGGAAUGGAAACCUAGAGAGAGAAGGAGAGCUUUCAGAUAGUUUCAUUCUACUCUAUCAAAUGCUUUCGACAUAUCAGUCUUAGCAGCCAUGAAGUUCUUGGAAAUGAAGUCGUGAGUUCGGAGACUGUGAACUGCUUCAUGAGCCAUAAUAAUAUUGUCCGAUAUCAGCCGAUCAGACACAAAAGCAGACUGAGUAGGAGAUACAAUAUCAUACAGGAGCGGCUUGAGUCUUGAGGCUAAUAUCCUCGAGAUAGUUUUGUACAUUACAGAACAAAGACUAAUAGGACGCAGGUCAGACAUCAAGGUAGCAUUUGUCAUCUUGGGAAUCAACACCAGUUGAGUGAAGUUCCAAUCUGAUGGCAUAAUGCUUGUUUCAAAAAAACUUUGAACCUCUUUGGUGAGUUGAUCUCCAACUGUAUCCCAAUAAGACUGAAAGAAAAAUCCCGACAUCCCAUCAGCUCCUGGAGCACUGUCUGACUUGAUUGAGAAAAUCGCAUCUUUAACUUCUCCAGGAGUAACCAUUCUAACGAGAAGAUGGUUCAUACUAUCUGUGACUUGAUAUGGAAGACCUCUAAGUAAAGAUAUAUAAUCUUCUGAGUUAGAAGAUGUGGAAAGGUCUUUAAAGUACUGAGUCGCAAUCUGGCCCUUAGAAGCUUCUGACCUAUGAGCAACACCAUUUUUAUCAAAGAGUUUAACUACUUCAUUCCUUUCUCUAGAGACUCUAACUGCUGCAUGAAAAAUUUAGUAUUUCCGUCGCCAUAAAGGAUCCAGUCAUCUUUACUUUUCUGCUUCCAAAAAUUUUCUUCAUCCAUAUAUCCCAAUAAAAGGGAUCUCGUAAGUCUAUGGAUUUUAGAAGAGGAAGGAUCCUUAGACGAUUGCGCAGCUUCAAGUUCAUCUUGUAGAAUAAUGAUCAUUUCCUUAGAAUUCGCCUUAUUAACCUUUUUCCACUGACUUAAAGCUUUUCUACAACUUCUGAUGCGGGAAGCUACAGAAAGUUCCCGCAUCAGAAGUUGGGAAGAAAUUGGACCAUUCCAAGCUUGAAGAAUAGAUUCUUUAACCAGAGGCUUAUUAAACAUUCUCUUAUCAAAAGUAAAUGAACCUCAAUAUGUAUCUUGAGAAGACAAAAGCUUGAUCAGAACUGGCCGAUGAUCAGAACCUCUUUUUGCUAAGAAAGCUUGAUUUGAAGCGGGGAAGUGAUUGAACCAUUCUCUGUUACCAAAAGCACGGUCUAGUUUCCUUUGGAUCCAAAGAUCACCCCUUCUACCUCCCCACGUGAAGCCAUUUCCAGUUCCAGGAAGUUCAGACAUACCACAAACAUCCAACAUAUCUGAGAAGGAAGAAAAGGAAGCAUCACUUCUUCUAGGAUCUCCAAUCUUUUCCGAGUUGUUAAGUAUUUCAUUAAAAUCUUCGACCAUACACCAACUAUUCUUCCUGCUUACUCCAAAACGAGAUAACCGUUCCCAAAUAAUGUGUAUGAAUCUAAUAUGAGGAUGACCAUAGACGCAAGACAAAUUAAACUGCUUAUCUUCAUAUAAAAUAUUUACAUCUAGGAUAUUUUUGUCUGCACACAAAAAGGUUACUUCUACACUGUUUUUCCAAAAAAGAGCCAGACCUCCACCAAUAUUUACAGGGUCAACAGUGUACAGACGAUCAUAUCCUAGCCAAGCUUGAAGAUCUACUAAUUUAUUACGAGCAUUCAUAGUUUCCAUAAGAAAGAGUAUCUCAGGGAAGUACGUACAACGUAGGUCCUUGAGACGCUGAUUGUCAGGUCAUGAGGACGACCCAGUCCCCGACAGUUCCAACUAAUGAUGCUCAUUUAGACGUUGGACGGUCCCUCAUAUGGGACCAUCUUUGAUGCAUUGCUCCUAGAAGCCUUGGAUGCACCUGCCAUAUCAUCUUCUGCUUUUCUUUUCUUCUGUGAACCUCCAACAGGUUGAGGUUGAACGCCUUUGUCAUCUGGUACCACUUGAGAUUUCUUCUGAGGUUUGGAGAUUUUACGAUAUCUUCCAGGUUGCCUCUUAGCUUUUUCUUUAAGAACAGGAGCCUGAGCUGAGAAGAUUACAGGAUAGCUUGUCAGAUGAAACGUUGAGCUUUGAGAGCCUUGAAAAGUCAGUCUACAUAGGACAUUAGUAGAUGGGUUGAUCAUGGCAUGUCCUUCUGAGAACGCUGACGCCGUUAACUUAGGUUGAGAAUUGGAGAGCUGAGACUGGCGCGCUAGAUCAUCUUUAUCAAAGUUAAAGACAAUGCCCUUCCCUUUAAGUCCUUAGUAAACGCUGGAGGGGGGAUGACUUGAAGGACAGACUUCUGAGUGAUGGGAUUUUGUUUUGCUUCUUUAACUGAGGAUAUCACCCUUUGUUCCCUGACCAAUCUAUCUUCAUUACUAGAAGCAAGCAGAUAGUUUUGCAUUUCCUCAAGAACCUCUAGAGCAAUUCGGGGACGGCCAGAAAGAGGAUUAAUACCAACUUGGUCUUCAUUUAGUACACCAAACAGAGGAUCUUUUUCUGAAAUAACCUUUGGAGGUUGAGAGAUCUGAGAGAUGGACAUGCAUGUCGAGGGUUGACCAGAAAUACCAUGAGAGUUGUUGAUAAAGGGGCAUCUUUCCUUUGCAUGUGUUAAUCUUUGGCAAUGAUAGCACCGCUUCUGAACUUUUUCAUAGUAGUAGAGAAUUGUGGUUUGUUCUCCACCAAAAAGGUUUAUAGUUCUCAGAGGUUUAGAUACAUCGAAUCGGAUCUUGACUCGUACAUAGUCAUGUCGUUAAGACUUCUCUGGAUCGAAGGCUACUUCUUCAACAUGACCAACAAAGACCCCCAGAUCUGAGAUUGCAGGCUUGGUAUAGUGAUUGACAGGAAUGUUGCUUAUCCGAACCCAGAGAGAUACAAAAUGAAGAUAUCCUGGAGAAGGACGCUAUACUCAUCUUUCAAUCGCGAGACCCCAAUCAUCAAAGGUCUGAAUGCCUUUGUCAAGGAUCUCUUGAAUAUCAUGUUCAUGCAUGAACACAAACUGAAACCUUUCUUUAGUUAAUGCAAAACCCCUGAUUCGAUUGACCUUUUGUCAUUUUUCUAGGCAUAUCCAGAAUGAAUUUUGCAAUUUUUUGAAAUUCUGGGUUGAAAAAUCUUCUGAUGAGGCUGCAUGCGUUUCUUUCUGUGGUGUAAUACCGAGGGAGAUUUGGGAGAUUGAAAGGAGAGUCGUCAUCAUCUUUGAGAAAUAAAGCCAAUAAAGCUCUGUCCAUUUCAGAAAACAUGGUAAAAAAGAAUAGCAAUUGAAUACAGAAGGGAAAGAUGAAAUGGAAGGGAAGAUGGUAGAGAUAACUUUAAGAGAACGGAUUUGAUCUAAAGCUCUUUCUGGUAUUGGGAACGACGAAAGAGAAACAGAGCUCUAGAGAGGAUCUUCCAGAGAGAGAAACUUCCUUGCAUGUUUUCAAUUCUUGUUUUUGGUGUCUCGUUGUCAGUUUUAUUAAUUAAUCAACAAAUUAUGUCAUGGCUUCCCUCAUAUUUUGAGGGGGAACAAAGAAUAACGUGACUGAUUCUCCAAACUGAAAAAAAAUUCUUGAAAGACCUCUAAGAGUGGGUCUUCUGGCGUGUAACUCGGUUGGUCUUACAUGCGUAAAAAAUAAAAAUGAACUUGGGGUGUUUACUUGUUUUACAUUAUGUAGAAGCUUAUUUAUAUAUACUUGGUUUGGUUUACAUUUGGAUGGCGAUCAACUAAAUUUCUUAGAUUACUUAUAUGUAUACACACAACUCGUUCAAAGAGUAUAUUUAAUUGAGUGGUUGAUCAAUUCCUAAGGUCUCCGUAGUUGAUUAUUUCUCUUCGAGGUGAGAGUUAUUUCUUUAUUGUUAAAUCAUCAAUUCCCAAUAUAAGAAAUAAAACUAGCCUAUAAAUUAAUUCACAAUUCCGAAUGGAUAAUUUUAAUUUUAAUUAAUAUCUUAUUAAUAUAAAUAUAGUACAUAUACACAAAAGACCACACCACCAAAGCUGAUAAGACAAAAACACAAACCCGGGAAACCAGACAAAAUGAACAAUCUACCCAUUUUCGUAUUUAUCAUCAUAUUACAAAGCUUAAUCUUGUCUAGUUCUUGUCUCUAUCAAAAUUCUUCACAAAAUAUAUUACAAGACUCAUCUCCAUUUCCUUCUGAUUUCCUUUUUGGCACUGCGUCUUCUGCUUACCAGUAUGAAGGCGCGUUCUUGACCGAGGGGAAAGGAUUGAACAACUGGGAUAUAUUUACACAUGAAAACCCUGGAAAAAUACGUGAUGAGAACAAUGGAGACAUGGCUGUGGAUCAAUAUCAUCGAUUUAAGGAGGACAUCCAGUUAAUGACUUCCCUUGGGGUCAACGGUUACAGAUUUUCAAUUUCAUGGUCUAGAGUCUUACCACGAGGAAGAUUUGGAGGCAUUAAUUAUUCGGGAAUAAAGUAUUACAACAGAUUAAUCGAUGCUCUCAUUAGUAGAGGGAUUAAACCAUUUGUGACACUGAACCAUUUGGACUACCCUCAAGAACUUGAGAACCGGUUUCAAAGUUGGUUAAGCCCGGAGAUGCAGAAUGAUUUUGGGUACUUGGCUGAUAUAUGUUUUAAACAUUUUGGUGACCGAGUUAAACAUUGGACAACAUUAAACGAACCAAACCAACAAAUAAUCCUCACCCAUCUAAAAGGCACCUUUCCACCGUCCCGCUGCUCCUUACCGUAUGGAAACUGUAGUCAGGGGAACUCGGAAAGGGAACCAUUCAUAGCUGCGCAUAACAUGAUCCUCGCACACGCAAAGGCGGUUCACAUUUAUCGGAGUAAAUAUCAGGUAAAACAAAGGGGGAUCAUUGGCAUUGUGGUGCAAACAUCAUGGUUUGAACCCAUUAGCGAUUCCAUUGCAGAUAGAGAAGCUGCAGAGAGAGCUCAAUCUUUUUAUUCCAAUUGGAUUUUAGAUCCAAUUAUAUAUGGGAAAUAUCCAAAAGAAAUGGUGAAUGUACUUGGAUCGGCCUUGCCACGGUUUUCUAGGAAGGAAGUGGAGAACCUAAAACAGUUAAGAUUAGAUUUUAUUGGCAUUAAUCACUAUACAAGUUACUUCAUUCAAGAUUGCUUGUUCACAACUUGUAAUGCUGGAGAUGGAGCUUCUAAAGCACAAGGAUUUGCACUGAAGUUAGACCGAAAAGGCAAUGUUUCCAUCGGAGAACUUACGGAUGUAAACUGGCAGCAUAUUCAUCCUGAAGGGUUCCGAAAGACAUUGAACUACCUAAAAAAUAGGUACCACAACAUACCGAUGUUCAUAACCGAAAAUGGUUUUGGAGACCUGCAAAAACCCGAGACAACACUAACAGAACUUCUAAAUGACACAAAAAGGAUACAAUACAUGAGUGGAUACUUGGAUGCUUUGCAGUCAGCAAUGAGAGAUGGAGCAAAUGUGAAGGGCUAUUUCGCAUGGUCACUAUUAGAUAACUUUGAGUGGUUGUAUGGAUACAAGCUUAGAUUUGGGCUAUUCCACGUGGAUUAUACAAGUCUCAAAAGAACACCGAAACUUUCAGCUUCAUGGUAUAAAAACUAUAUUGGAGAGCAUAUUAGAAGAAAAUAUUAUUAGCCAUAAAUGUCUGGUGUUUUUAGCUUAUGUACAGCAAGAAGCUCAUUGCCAUCUUGUGGUACUAAUUGAGCAGACUGGUGUCACAGCUGCGGUUUCUUUCUCACCAACUAAUAUUUUUCAUGUACUAUAUCAUAAAUCUCCAAAUUACAAUAAUAAUUGGGAGGAAAAACUGA